AUGCUGAUGGUUUUGAAGUAUCUCGGCAAGGAUGGCGAUACAACCAAUCUGGACGACUACAAGGCGGUUGUCGAAGCAUUCAAGCCGAUCCGGCCGCACAUCAGAACCUUUGACAAUACCAACUAUCUCAACGCCAUUCCGAACAAGGAAUUGUGUGUGAUCAACAAUUGGUCCGGCGACUAUUCCACCGCCAAGACGCGGGCCGAAGAGGCGGGCGUGACUGAUCUCAACCUUGCCUAUUUUGUGCCCAAGACCGGCGCACCGGCCUGGGUGGAUUGUCUGUGCAUACCGGCUGACGCCAAGAACAAGGAAAAUGCCUACAAGUUCUUGGAGUAUAUGCUGCGCCCGGAAGUGGCAGCGGCCUGCUCGAAUUUCACGAACUACGCCAACGGCAAUCUGGCGUCCAAACAAUUUGUCGACAAGGCCGUACUUGAAAAUCCGGCGGUCUACCCGACGGACGAGGUGAAAAAACUGAUCUGGGCUCCCAAGGCCUUUAGUGAUGCGCAAUCGGAGGCAAUGACCCGUGCCUGGACUGAAAUCAAAUCA